UCAUCGUAUUUUCUACUUUGUUUAAACCUAUCCAAAUCCAAAUACAACAAAUACGACAAUGCGGUUGACUAUGUAAGCAAGUGCAAUACUUGUCAAAAGUACAAUAUUGCUAGAAAGGAUUACAAUCCUCAUCGACCUGUCUACGCAUAUGUUCCUGGAGAUGCCUACGCAUUUGAUUUAAUGGGACCUUUCCAAUCAUGUUCUGCGUACUGAAGCCUUUGGUUAUCCUAGACACUUUGUAUGUAGUGACAAUAGCUCAGAAUUCAAAAAUGAGAUUCUAGAGAACAUGUUCAAUGCAAUGGGUAUUGACAGGAGAUACACCACUCCUUACCAUCCCUCAGCUAAUGGUGCGGCUGAACGUUAUGACCAAACUGCCAAGAAAAC